UACGGCACCGCCACACGUUGGGCAUGAACGGCGCAGCUGCAGAGUUCCUACGCUACAAAGUGGCACCACCGCUCAUUUUGCCAUGCAGACACAUGAAAUUACGUGAGAGAGAUUCUGCGGCCUUUCUGAAUGACAUCUAGCAAAGGGAAUCACGAGUGUGUCAACACGCACGCCGGAGGCAGUUUUCGUUGCCACCCUGCCGUGAUUCACUUACGGCGGCCCCUGCGUGUCCCUCGUGUCUAUCGAGGAAACGGGAGUUUUAACUCUUCCUCGCGACGGCGACUUAAGAGAUGUGAGUCGCAACGCUUUAUCCCUCUUGAGUACGAGGAUGCGUAGAAUUUCCAUUCAACUGUGACCCGAGAAUCCCGUCGUCAUUCUGUUCGCGUCGGGUGCCGCGCUAGCCAGCUAGCAGUCUUGCCGGACAAGACAUACAAGACAAGAAGAGCCUCCUUGGCUCUCUCACAAGAGGAAGGCGGCAUUCCUUGCUUAUGAUUUCGCUUCUAAAAGUGUGUGUCUGUGUCGCGAAACAUUUGAGACGAGCACGUCGACUAACCCACUCGCAGAACUGUACAGAAAGGGGGAGUUGAACAAAAGCGCAAGCCUCUCGUCUGUCGGUCCUAUGCAAGGCUGCCCGGAGUCGUGGGAUUGAUGCCACGAACGGAGCUUUUGCGGCACUGCCCGAAUUCCAGACGAGGCUGAUCAAGCUCAGGCGCGAAUGAUACUGUCUGCCGUUUUCUGGCUUGGCUAUUUGAGGGACCUCUUGAGAGCAUCCAACAGGAGGACGGAACAUCGGCCGCGUUUUCGCGCUUCCCCCCAAAUCGGUUACGUUGGGACCCUUUUUCGUUUGUGUCUUUGUUAUGAAGCGCGAACGAAGCGCCUUGUGGAGAAAUUCGGAACCCAUACAGCCAGGAGUUUUGAAACUUUUCCGCGGUGCGCGUAUCUUGUUCUCACGAGCCGGGAUAACCGCGGGUUUGUGGUCCUCGGGAAGGCCGCCGGCGGCCGAGUCACCUGGCCUAAGAGGGCGACUGGGGUCCUCAUUAUCCGCAAACAUUUCAAUACAGUCGCCAAAGAGCUUCACUGCCGUGACAGAGAGUCGCCUGCUUCUCCUCUGUAACUCCGGUCUUUUCAGGUCGCCCCUAAAUUCCGAUGCAAGCAACGACUCAACGUGUGGCCGCGACGAAAUCGUGUGGCCGCCACCUACCAUAGCUUUGCCAGGGGGUUUCUCUGUUUCGCGCGUGGUUUUUCUUCCUUGUCUUUUUAACGGCCCUCGGCUCUGCGUGCGAUGGCCCCUCGUCCGUAAAUGCCUUUUCAUGUCUUUUUUGUUGUCCGCAAGUUUGUGACCUGCGUCUCCAUUCCAGACCUGGUCAGCUCCUCUCCGGGAAAAGCUACCUUGUCUUGCAAGUGUACUUUCGAAAACUUCUACCAUUUGUCUUGUUUCGACGAGCGGCGCCACCCGGUGGGGGCAGAACGGCGGUUCGUUUGCCUUGUUCAAACGAUAUAAAUGAGGCCUUUCUUCUGGCGUUCCAUCCAUCCAAUUUCACAAGCAGGGAAUUUGCGCUCGCCAGGCAGCUACAGCUGGCUUCUCAAAAUGACUUGUACUGCGCUGCACUCGUUUUAGCAAGCGCCUCUUUUUUCUCUCGUUUGCUCCCACCACGCAGACUCUGAGGCGAAGGACGAGAGCUCUUGUUUUUUUUUUUCGCUUUCAACAGUUCGCGGCCUUCCAGACGUCACCAUGACUAAACGCGCUGGCCUGCCCUUGGGCAGGGCAUUUCUUGUCCUGAUUCUUCUAUCUGCAGCGGAUUCACUCUUCUUCUCUAGCUUUCCCCGCUCUGCUCUCCAACUCUUUUCUUCCGUUCUUUUCACAGACGCUGCAGAACCUGACUCGGACGCCACCCCGGGUCUGCGGCCGCAACCCAGCCCACGCACUUUCCGGCCUACGGGGUAUCAGCGAAUCGAGGUGAAAACUGUCGAUGAAGAGUUACCCGAAGACCUCAAAGUUUACACCGCGUCGACACGCGGAUCUUCGUCUCGUACAUUCGAAGUCAGAAAUGCCGGAGGCCGACAGGAAGGCUUUACUUUGUCCGUCCUCACCGCCGGCGGGCCUCUGCCGCACGGUUCCUGGUCUUGGAGCGGAACCCCUCCGGAAGUGCAGACCACGGGGGGUUCUCAAAUCAGUUUCGGCUGGGUGCCAGACACCGAAACGCCGAGUUUGCCCGAACGGAAUCUUCUCCAGUUGAAGAGAAUGCUUCGCGACGAGGGUUUGAUCGAGGCUGUUCAGCUGAGGGCCGCGGAAAAGGGGUGCCCCGUGGCCGUUCUGCACAAUCUGCGGCAACUUCCGGUGAAUUUCCGCGAGGUUCUCCACGAGGAGUACGAGAGCCGCAGCAACCCCGCGAAAAUGUACGAAGUCGCGAAUAGCUAUGUCCAACAGAGGGGCAGCGAUGCUGCUCGCUGGUCAGUCUCUCAGUCCGUCGAGCUUUCUCUCCUGGAAAUGCAUGCGACGUCAACCACGGAUCCCCGCGGUUCGAGUGCCGUCCCGUCCUUUCUGGAAACUGGACCUCAAGUGCGAGUUGCAAUGACUGACGCCGUCCCCUCAGGAAUUCGCGUGUACGCAACGCCUCCGGCGCCUCGUCCAGUGCCUGUGCAAAGUAACCAGACAGAAAAGGAGAGAAGUCCGACCUCCAAGCGCCUUGUUGGUAUGCAGCUCGGCCUCUACUUGAUUUGCAAGCUUGCGGCUCUUUUUGGCCACCCGACUUUGUUUCUAAAUCCGUACUACACGGAGCAGCAGCUCCUCGAAGCCGUGGCGCAGGCUCUCGGGAUCGCGCCACCGCACCGCGGUGAUUUCGAAAACGAAGGAAAUGAAGCGCAAGCGACAGCCAACCAGCACAACGGGAGCGCCGACCAGCUGCUUGCAGCCAUCGAAAUCUUUCGCCUAGGGCCGAAUCCCUACACUAUCGGUCACGUUCUGACCCUGAUGAUUGCCUACCUGGACUACGAGUCUUUCUUCGGAGCCUCGCCGUCAAAGCCUUUUCACUCUUGGGUCUCGUUGGCAGCUUCUGCGGGGAACAACACAGGCUUCGCGAUGCUCGACGAAAUGUGCGACAACCACCGUGGACCUAAGCGACGUGGACAGAAACACUGGUACCAGACCGGGGGCGCGAGGAAGCACAAAAACCGAGACAUGUUGCCUCUCCACCGCCAGCUGUGCGACGCCCUCGAACUAGUGCUCAACGGCGUUCAGCAGAUCCAAAUCGACCUGAUGGAUGAACUUGGAAAAUACAAGACUGGCGUCGAGCCUCUCGUCGACCCCGCAACUAACAGCGCGAGAAUUCACACUCGCACCUGCCGAGGUUUGUCCCCGGUCUGCGACUACGAAGCAACAAUUCUCGCUCCUGUGCGCGCUUUAGAGCCGCACGAACAACAAGACUCUCUCCGUACCAAGAAGGCGUUCAACCUGGUCACGGGAUACGGGAGCGGUCACGUCGGACAAAUCACAGGAAGCAUCGCCGAGCCGUUCUCGCAUAGCUGGCGGACGCGGUGGGGAAAAGUUGUGGCGGACCCAACUGCCUACGGCGAAAUCUUCGAGCGCACUCUGUGGUUCGACGACCGCGAGUUGAUGGCGAAGAGCAGCGGCGCUCUCUUCAGACAAUACGACAGAAUUGCAAAAGACUCAAUGUCUUUCGGUGUCUUCAUGAACGUCGAAAACGGACUCCUGAAGAAAGACAUGCGCAGCAAGUUGGAGGCUUACAUCUCGCAAAGAAAGAGCUUCGUCGAGAAGAGACAGCAGUCGAGAUUCGCGAAGCUUCGAAAGAAAAUCCCCGAAAACGACCCUUACGCACUCAGAGCCGCCAUCUUCCUCGCGCUCAAUUCUCGGACGUUCUGCGCGCAGCCGACGUCGUUUUUAUCGAGUUUCCGGACCUUUCUCACGAACCAAUACCACAAGCUAAGUCAAGGAAGAAAUCUCCCGAGAUCUCAGAGAUCGUUGAUGGCGUUCAUGCGCACCGGGCAGGUUAAAUUCUUUCAAGAGUGGUGCAGCUUCGACCCCCUCGCUGUCAACGCCCUCUUUCUCUUCCGAUUCGCGGUCUCUGGAACAGACCCCGCGGCGCUGCACGACAGGCAACACACCCGUGUCAGCAGAAACAAGAAGACGAUGCGGAUUUUGAAUUCCAAGUGGACUCCCGCGGUGCUGAAGAAGCUGAUGCGAAAAGUCAACCACAAACACAUGGCGCGCGAAGCGAAGGCUCUACUGCUUCGGAGCUUGGAUCCGACAGUCUUGUCGAGCAUCGUGACGGCGUUUGACUUCAUCACCCACACACAGGCGAACCUGGAAGUGAAUCAGAACGCGUUCAUGUACCACGAGGUGCGGGCGCGGGAGGUUUCGCGCCAGUCAGCGGCAGAGAAAGGCUCGCACAGGCUGCAUGAGAGGGGUCUCGUUCGCGAGACAGACGACAUGAUCAAGAGGUGGGCAGAGCACGGAAUUCCAGGGGACAUCAAGCGUCGCCUGGCACGAGGCGAGAAGCUUCCAGAAGGGAUGUCGUUUGGCGGCAUCCCCAUCCCCAAUCUGACGAACUGGGAUGCACAGCUGAAUUCCAAGUGGCUUGAGGCGUACAACGCGUAUCUGCGACACCCGUACGGCCGAGCAGCACUGAACGCGCGCGACCCAGUUGCGUUGCUCGUGAAGGACUCGCGAGACCGCCUCCAGGCUGAGGCCGAGGGCACCAUCUUUCUUGGGCGCAUCGCGAAGCGCGUGCACCAGAGCAAAAACCUUCUGCGACGAGCCGGGCGGGCGCUGAAGACUUUUUUUCUGUCGCUGCUGAGAGAGAACGAACGCAGCGAGUACGCCGUCUGGUUUGGUGUGAAGGUCGACAUGCGGCAGGUGAUUCAGACCUGCAGGCAAAUCAACUCGGUGGCGGAAGUCGUGAAGAACGACCGCCUCUACGAUUUCAUCACCGACGGCUGGAUGGAGCUCGUGAAAGACGUCGUCGCAGGGUACACGAAGGCGUCGGUGCGAGUUCCUGGUUUCGACACGAUUUCUGCGGCAAACGAGCAAUUGCGGAAGGAGGGAGUAGCAGCUGCCACUGCGCGGAACCAAGGUUUCCUGUCGAUUCACUACGAUUACGCGAACCUGCCGGAGGAAGAGCGCAAGAAGGAGUUCCAGCGGUCGAUGUGCAUGGAGCAGUGCGAAGCGCUUUGGAAGCUGGUCAUGGCGUUCGUGAUGCCGAAUCUGCAGAAUCCGAAGAAGCUGAAGGGGUACGAGAAGGACUUUUCGGGAGCGAAGGAAAUUGAGAAGCUGAACAGUCCACACCACGUGAACGCGUUCCGCUUUAGUCUCUCUGUGCAGAUCGACUUCUUCGACAACAUGCUCGACAAGACGUCCAAAAAGAAUCUGAAGGCGAUGAAGUUCGGCGCGAGCACUUGGUUCACCUACGCCAUGAAGCUUGCGGGACAGGUCAACUCGGAGAUGGGCAAUCCGAACCUCGGCACUGCGCUGUACAUGCAGGCCGCGUACUACGGGAACUACAUUCGAAAGUGGAUGGAGCAGCGGCGGAAGUCGCGGAAGCAAGCCAUUAUCGGAGUCUUGACGCUCGGCAUGAUGGGUCUGUACGCGCUGCUGAAUGUUGCAGACAUCGUGCAACAUAUGGAAGACAUUGGCGGCGCGCCGCCGGUCUCCUGCGUGACGAACGAGAUCCUCGGAGUCACCUGCGCGCCGCAGGCCAUCGCCAAGGCCACCACGAGCGCCGCGAGAGUGGCGACCCAAGACUUCCUCAAAGUCGGCCUCUUCGCAGGCAUGGCGCCGUACCUCAUGCUGCCCAUGGCCGUCGUCUCCGUCUGGAACAUCCUCAAGUCGGAAAUCAAGGUGUUGCUGCAGUUCGAAAUGGCUCUCAAACACACCUUCACGCGCCUCAAGAGGUGGCUUGCGGCGCCUUUCAAGAACUGGUGGGCGAAGCGCGGCAGACUGAAGGACGCGCUCUUCCGGAGAGCCUCGCAGACUUACAGAAAAACGGAACAGGAAACGAAGCAGCCGCCUCGACCCAGAAAUCUGCACAACCCAAGCAGCUGGGGAGACACCGAACUCGACAGUCUCGGCGUGCCUCCAGAGCCCUUCGUCCAAGACUUCGAAAUCAAGUACACGACCCCCGUCUUCCCCAUGAGUGCGCCUCUCAUCAAAGCCUGAACGACGGAGAAAACGUCCGAAAAACAGACGAGGAAGAAGACGAAGGCGUUGGACGAGGAGGACAGACAGUGGACGCUUUUCGCUCGUCUCUGCAGAAGGAACAGAAGAGAACACGAGGUUGCGCGGUAGGAAAAAGAGGCAGUGAGCGCGUUGGCGCCAGGAGGACGCGGGAGACAAAAAAACUCGAGUCUCUUUCAGGGAGAGAAAUGUCACAGGGGACUCCGGGGGAAAAACGCUCUUGUGUAGCAUAGAAAGCAGGGCAGCACAAAAAACCGGUUGAGAGAAGCUCGGCUGCAUCGGUCGUCUUCGCACGGACUUCUUUUCCUGGGAAGGGCAAGUGGAACUCGGGAUGCCUCCAAAGAUCUGAAAGUGUAAGCCUCCGACCUCGCGACCAGGUCGGCAGAACGAAGUGGCUACAGACGGCGAGAAGAGUUGAAUCGUCUCCAGAGUGAGCAUGGGCGCGCCUCUCUCUGUUUUGAACAUCCAGGGAUCGAUCGUGCACUCGAAAUCCAGAGCGUUUGCGAAUCCAAGCAGGGAACGGGGGAGCCGAAACUCUUGAAAUGCGUGUGUCAGACUCUGUCCAGGGUGAAGAAGCGUUGACUUCCGGCGGAUCUUCCUUCGGGAACUCCUCACCAAGUGUUAGUGGAAAAAAGUGGAAACAUGAAGAGUCGCCAGAGGAGUCCAACCUCGCCGUAAAGGGGAGCGGCGGAGGGUCUGAAAAAGAAUUCUUGGAGAACCGCGUUUCGUCCGCCUCAGUUUCCGUGGAAAAGAAAGGCAAACACCAACUUUUAUGGAGUAGGAAGCCGCUCUUCUUGCUCGUCUGUUUAUGCGAAAAAGAGCAACAACAAACGCUUAUCGGGCAGGAAACUGUUCUGAUUCACGUCGACUGGGUGCGGAGCAAGGGUGGCGCUCAGACUUGCUUGUCAAACCUCUCUCGAUCGAUGAGUGUCUCUGAAGUGUGACUCCGGAGCAGCUGAAGCAGGCGCGAUGACUGCGGCUGUUCUUGGGAGGAAAAAUCUGUUUUAAUGAGUUUCUCUCUUUCAUCGAGCGUGAAGGGUUCCAUAUCUCGAGCUCGAGGUUCCGGUUCUGUUGAGUUUGAUUGCUCGUACGCAAGUGGAAGUGGCAACUUUUACGUGUGUUAAAGAAGAAAACGAUCCCCAGGAAAAAGCUGAGAGGGUCCCGAGGCGUGUGUGAGAAAUCUUCGCGUGUUUUGUGCAUGUAUGGCCAUCUGCCUUUUUUUUCAAAAAUUGUCGCUUUUCGAGUGUGUGGUGAGACGUCGAGAUUCAACACAUUUGCGGGGAAACUGUCGUGUGUUCACGUCUCUUAAACAUGUCUUUUAUUCGACUUCUUCAACUGUCUUUACUCCCUCCAUGAGAAAGAGGUCUUUCAGCACACCAUUCGCAGUCCUUUUGUAUUCCGCAGAUCGUCACGAAGCAGCCUUUCGUAGGUCUCAUCAGCUCAACGUUAACUCGUCUCUUCUUCGAUUCCACUCUCCAGUCUUCCCCACUCGCUGGUGUUCUCAAC